AUGUCUCUGCUAGACCCCCGCCAGUUUCUGAUUCCCGCAUUUUAUCUCGAUCCCACAACUCAAGCUCUGCUGGCUCAAGUGUCAGCUCAGAACUCUGCUGGAGGCGGGAAGAUCAGUCUAGCCAACUCUUUUCGAAUCACCGAUCUCCUGGAUUCAUCUUCCAAUCCUCACAAUGAGCCAGGUAAAUAAACUUUUGCGACUUUUUCCGAAAGGAAUUGUAUGUCCGCUCAACCAUCGCUAACACUUUAAUCUGCCUACAUCCAUCAGAAUGUACAACUAGCCUGAAAAAUGAUAUUUAACGGAUUAACGCUCCAAUGAAUGCAUACACAGUAAUCUGUAAUAGUAAUAGGUCAACCAAUUAUGGUUCUUUGUACGCGUAUACAAAUUGUUUUCUUUUCUCUAGAUCCGUCACCCACGUCGAAUAACUCUUCCGAGUCUCCAUCGUCGCCACGUGCCGGAAGUCCAAACACGGAAAGAUCAGUAAACGGAAGUCCGAACUGCAUAGGAUCGAAGAAAGCGCGGAAGGCUAGGACCAUCUUCACGGACAAACAACUGCAAGAAUUGGAGAACACGUUUGAGAAGCAAAAGUAUCUCUCUGUACAAGACCGAAUGGAACUGGCUCAUCGGAUGGGUCUGACUGACACCCAAGUCAAAACUUGGUACCAGAACCGGAGGUUAGUAACAGAAAGUGAUGCCGCUCCCUUUUCACUCAGUUCCUUCCUGAAAACAAUCCGCUAUCUUUGGAGCACUCGGCGAGAAUUGAGUCUAAACACGCCACUUUGUGCUAAUUGUAGUGCAUUAGCGGGCAGCGCCAUCGAAAUUUAUCUUAAUCAAAGCUCUCACCCUUCCUCACUUUCUUCGCGUGCGCCCACCAAUUUCAUUUAGUAGUGUCAUCUUUUUUCCGCGCCUUCCACCCCCGGGAAACGGCUCUCGGCACACCACUGUCAUUAUCCAAUUUUCGAAAUUGAGCCACCCCGGCAGCGAAAAAUGGUGUUGAUGAGAAUGAAAGUGAACCGAAGUGAUUGCAGAACCAAGUGGAAGAGACAAGCGUCGGUGGGAAUGGACCUGCUGCAUGAUACCGGAAACAUGGUGGCAGUGCAACAGCUUCUGAGGACGAACCCCUACUGGGCCAACUAUCUGUCGCAGAACGCAUCAAUGUUUGCUGGGGCAAACAAUCGUGCAUUUAUGAACCAACUCAUGGUUCCAGGAGCUGCAAUUGUACCUUCCACCAACUCCCAAAUCUCUUUUCUACAGUUUCUAGCCGCUCAGAACGUUAAAGAUGAGCCAGGUUCCCCAAAAGACUCAAACAAGUCCUCAUCUCCAGAAUCCGUUGAAAAGUCGACAGAUUCUGAUUCCAAAGAAGAGUAUGAAUCCAGUAAAAAGUGA